AUGACAGAUCUCUACUUCAAGCUUGACCAAGCUCUUACUGUCCCAGACCGCCUGGUCCUCGAAACCCUACAAAGAGAUCGAGAGCAAUACCAGAAGGCUUCAGAUGGCUUCCCGAUUCAACAGGCCGGUAUCCCAACCGGUCGUAAAAGUUCUGUCGUGAACCGUGGUCGUCGCGUUGACUCUGCCUCGCCCCAAGACGCACUGGAUCGCGAUCAUCAAACCAUAGAGCUUCUUCGUAGCCUCAAUGAUCCCGGUUCAUCGAUCUUCGAGCCCACCGUUUUCGCCAGCGUAGACACAUCCGACAUCAAGUCUCCAUUUCUGAGGAAGUGGAUGAUAGACCCGUAUACCCGCUGGGGACGCCGCAUAGUCCGAGUAGAUACCGAUGUCGUCAUGCUCACACACUUGAUCAUCUACUUCGCCACGAGCGUGCCCUCUGCAAUAUACCUCUUCUACAGCUUUCGCUGGUGGCAUGGCUUGCUCCAUCUUGCCAUGCAGGGUUAUUAUAUGGGACCAUAUACGCUGUUGAUGCACCAACAUAUCCAUAUGCGAGGUGUCUUGAACAAACGCUUAGGACCUGUGGAUCACACAUUUCCCUACAUAUUGGAUCCGUUGAUGGGCCAUACUUGGAACAGCUAUUUCUUCCACCAUGUUAAACAUCAUCACAUUGAAGGAAACGGUCCAAAUGAUCUUUCCUCGACUGUCCGAUACCAGAGAGACGAUGUUUGGCACUUCUUACAAUAUGUCGGGCGGUUUUAUUUCCUCGUUUGGUUUGACUUACCUCGUUACUUCAUCCAGAGGAAGAAGCCCGGCCUCGCCAUCAAAGCUGGAGGAUGCGAAAUAGCGAAUUACGCGUUCUUGCUCUUUAUGUUUACUAGGAUCAACGCCACUGCAACCACGUUUGUCUUCUUGAUCCCGCUUCUGUUCAUGAGACUGGCCCUGAUGGUGGGCAAUUGGGGUCAGCAUGCAUUUGUAGACGAGCUCAAACCAGAUUCGGAUUUUCGAUCUAGUAUCACGCUUGUCGAUGUACCGUCCAACCGUCACUGCUACAAUGAUGGUUAUCACACAUCACAUCAUCUCAACCCAUUGCGUCAUUGGAGGGAUCAUCCCAUGGCUUUCCUGAAACAGAAAAAGCAGUAUGCAGACGAGCAUGCUCUUGUGUUCUACAAUAUAGAUUACUUCAUGCUCACCAUCACCCUAUUGACUAAGAACUACAUGCAUCUUGCACGAUGCCUAGUGCCCAUGGGUGAGCAGACGGAAAUGACUAUGGAAGAGCGGGCUGAGAUGCUCAGAAGUAAGACGAAACGAUUUACAGAAGAGGAUAUAGCAGAAAAGUGGGGUAAACAGUAUGCGCGGUUGAGCUAG